AAAGUUUGUUGACAAGUGUCAUAUUUACGCGAAAUAUAUAAAUAUAUUUAGAAUAGUAGAUAAUCAACUCUCUUUUCAAGAAAAGAAACCUCAAUAAUAUAUUUGGUGCGCGAUUGUUUCGUAAUCUUAUUGCCGCGUUUUAUUUGAUUAAAGUGCAAUGACUAGACACGCUAGGAAUUGUACUGCUGGAGCAGUAUACACUUACCAUGAAAAGAAAAAAGAUAACAAAGCUUGUGGAUAUGGAACACAGCAAGACAGAAUCGGUAAAGAUUCUGUUAAAGACUUUGAUUGUUGUUGUUUGACAUUGCAACCUUGUCGGAACCCUGUCAUUACGCCAGAUGGAUAUUUGUAUGAUAAAGAAGCUAUUUUAGAGUACAUUAUUCAUCAAAAAACUGAAAUUGCUCGGCGCCUGAAAGAAUUUGCAAAGCAACAAGAAAGAGAAUCGAAGGAAUUGAAGGAUUUAGCUAAAGCUGAAGAAGAAUCCCAAACACAAAAAUUUAUUGAAAUGGAAAAAAGCAUCGUCAGCAAACCCUCCACAUCAACUUCUAGUGAUGCUGGCAGUAUCUCAAACGUAAGCAAUGGAAAAGAAAAAGUCUUGCCCAGUUUUUGGGUUCCAUCCUUAACACCAGCUGCAGAGAAAGUUAAACUGAAGAAACCUGAAAAAUCAGUUUUGUGUCCAAUGAGUGGGCAGCCUAUAAAAGCAAAAGAUUUGAUUCCUGUUCAUUUUAUGGAAAUCAAUGAUCCUGAUGAUAAAAGAGCCCUUAUUGCGAGAAGAGAUAGAUUUAUGUGUGCUGUAACACAUGACGUGCUUGGGAAUUCUGUACCUUCUGCAGUACUUCGCACAUCUGGAAAUGUUGUCACCAUGGAAUGUGUUGAAAAAUUGAUUAAAAAAGAUAUGAUUGAUCCAACUAACGGUAAACCUUUGAAAGAAAGUGAUAUUAUACCACUGCAAAGAGGAGGAACUGGGUAUGCCAGCACAAAUGAAAAAUUGAAGGCAAAAGUUAAAAAACCAGUGAUGAUGGCAUGAAUCUCUUUUUCAGAACUAACCUUAUGUUUAAGUCCCCCCCCCCUUUUUUUUAAAUCUUUUUUGCAUCUUGGACAAAUUUUUACCUUUAGAACUUGAAAUUAUUGUUGCUUUGUCAAAAAAAAAAAAAAAGUAUUGUUGAGAUUCUUAGGUUCCAUUUGUGACAAGGUGAUAGUUUCUUGUUUUACGACUGAUUUCCUUCUUUUUUUUAAACAUUUUGCAAUGAAUUAUGACAGAACAAUGUAAAAAAGUUAAAAGCAAUAAUCAGUGAACAUAUUCUCCUUUAAACUAAAUAAGUAUUUUUUUUUUUUUUUUUGUAGUUAUACUAUAUGAUUAUUGAUCAUGUUGAAAACCUGUUACUCAUUACCUGGUAAUAAAAAAUAAGUAGGUAUAACAUAAAAUAUAGUGAGAUAAUUUGUUACAACUUUAUUUCUUAAGCAAUCAUCAUUGUUCAAUGCAAUUAUUUCUGUUUUCGGACUUUUCCUUUAAAGUAAUUAUGAAGUCUUGCAUUAAAUCCUUUUAUUUUCUCCAUAUUAAUUUUGGGACACUUGCUUUUUUUAUUUUAAAAUUUUUCUUCUUUAUAAGUUUUUCAACUUUCAGCUUCAAUCUUAAACUUUUACAAUCUAAAUUUCCAUCAAUUCAACGAAAUCGUAUGUAAUUGUAUUUCCAAUGUAUUGAAAGUUUAUCUGAAUAAAAAUA